GGCAUACAGCAGUCUGAGGCUGCUGGACAAUACCUCAGGGAUGUGAAAUUUACAAAUGUGUUUGUCAGCAACAUGAAACGUGCCAAGCAGUCAUGUCUUUAAAAUACAGACUGCUGAGAUCAUUGUAAGAAACAACAGAACCUGCCAUGACUUAGAACUGGUAGCAGAUCCAUCACUUAUAGAAAGGAGUUUUGGCAUAGCUGAGGGAGGUCGAGUUAUAGAUAUGAAAAACAUGGCUAAAGCAGCAGGACAGCCUUUACCAGAGUUCACUCCACCCGAGGGAGAGACCAUGGAACAGGUGAAGUUGCGAAUUAAGGAUUUUCUGAAGGCCAUGUACCAGCGAAUAGCAAAUGACCAUCAAGACAAAGUACAAGAUGGAGGAACAUCCUCAGCAGACGAAAGCACCGAGGCUCCAGCAGGACUGGCUAAUGAUGGAGUCUCUAGUGUGCCUGUACAUGCACUGGUGGUCGGUCAUGGGGCUUAUAUGAGCAUAGCCAUGCGCUAUUUUUUUGAGGACCUGAAAUGCCCAGUGCCUCGUGGUUUAGAUCCAGCUCAACAGUUUUCCAUCUGCCCGAACACUGGAAUGUGCCGAUUUAUUAUCACUUUGAAAUGUAGCAGUGUGGAUAUUGCACUUUCUGACAUCAAAUGUGUGUUCAUCAACAGAAGAGACCACUUCAAGACUAAUUAGCAUGUAAAAGGAAAUGUAAAGUAAAGAGACAAAAUGUGUACUGUACGUCUUAUGCAAAAGAUUGUCAUACUGAAGCACUUUUCCUGAGAUAAAACUUAAAACAUUUUUGAGAAUCAACAUUUACAGAAAUAAGAUCAAUCUGAAUUUACAAUAUGUAUAAUCAUUUGAAAAUACAUUUUACUGUACACUUGUAAUGACUGAAAUAUUUAAUGUGUGAUGACCAAUUAGACAAUAGAUGGGAAGACUCUUUCCUGAGGGCCUGGUGUCCUGCAGAGUUUUGCUCCAACAUAAAUCAAUCACACAUGCUAAUCUGGGGUAGGCCUGUAGCCAGGGGGUGGUUCAGAUGGUUCGGUAAGACCCACCCUCGCUGACAAAGGUCCAGAAUUUGUACCAUACAUUAACUAAUUUUUCAUAUUUUGACUGCUAUGUUAUAAUGGUAAAAAUAACCCAUCGAAAAAGGCUUUAAGACCAAGCAAAUUUCUCUGUUGGAUUUCACUUCGGUGUGACUUCUGCUAACCAGUUUUGUCCAAUGCUAACAAAUAUUUUCGUGCAUCCAACAUUCUGUGCAAGACAACAUACAAUCUGACGUAAGAGAAAUCUUUCGCUACUGUAUUUUUUAAAAUAGAGAAAAGUAGCUUUACAACUUUAUAAUUAACUUUUAUUCUAAAUCUUGGACCUUAUUCUUAAAACAAAAAUUUACUAAAAAUAAAUAUGUGAAGCACCAAAAGCGGCCCAUAUUAAAAAUGAUUUGAAUAUUAUUUUGGCUAAAAUAGUCAAAUGAUAUGAUGACCAUCUGACAAGCUAAUUCAGAAUAAAACUCAACUGUCACUAAAAUGCAGUAUUUAAAUUUCAUAAUUAAAUAGAAAAUGAGGCGUAUAAUUGCAACAAGGUCCACUUUUGAUAAAUAGGACCAGCCCUUUCACCAGGCUGGCUACAGGCCUGGGGUCUUUAAGAUCGCAAGAAAGCUAUAGGCCGGUGUGUUUGAUUAGGGUUGGAUCUAAACUCUGCAGGACACUAGUCCUUCAGGACCAAGUUUGUCCAUCCCUGAUUUAGACAGUAUUGAGUCUUAGUAAAUAUUAAAAUGUUUAAGUAUGCUACUAUCUGAGUAAGUUAUUGAUUUCAUUUCAUUCAUACAUGAAUGCUUUAAAAGUGCAAAUGAUAACUAAAUAAAUGUAUAUGUCAUAUUUUGGACAGUUUUUAUUACAUUUAUUUUAGUUGUAUUUAAAAUCAAUAAUUCAAAAAUAAAUACUUUUCUUCUUGACAAAUGAAAUUGGUUUUAAAAUUAUUUAUAUUUUUUAAUUUCUUUUUGAAUAAAAAAACGUGUCAGGGGUGUUAGUCAGGUUUAUUCCUGUUUUGAUCUUGUUUUUAAUAACCUGUCAAAAAAACAUUACUGAACUCUAAACCAAAUCCAUUUGUUUUUGAUAUUUGCAUAAUAGUUGCAGAGUGUCCUGACAUGUACUUCAACAGCACGGAACAGUCAGUAUGAAAGAUAUUUCAGUAGUACUUUGACCUUAUUUCAGGGUAAAUUUUCAAUUCAUUUUUCAAUAAACCAAUAUACUCAAACUGUC